AUGGAGCUGAUUGGAGAGAAUGAUACCUGGGUGUUACGGUGUAAGAUCUGUCACUUGUGUCUCAGCAACCCCAUUGUGUCAUCAGCCCUUAAACACAAGCCUACUGGAGAUUCAUUGGUGACAGGGAUAACAAUAUCAGCUGCAGAGUAUUUAAAGUACUGCCAAGGCAGCUGCGGUGAAUGGCGCAGAUUAAAGCACAGGAUGCUGACAUAUUUAUCUGUCUCAACAAAGACGCAUCAGAACACCUCAAAGUAUGCGAAAGAACAAGCAGCGCCGAAAAAUUGGCAGAGAAUAGCCAUCAGAAAUCAGAUCAGAACUGCUAUUCGAGUAGUGCAAACCAAGUGUGCAGCUGUUCACUACGAAACCAAGAUAGCGGAGCUUCACCAGGCAGGUGCCAAUAUAGGAGACUUUGGACACUCAAGAAUGGUAUUUCCUCAAAUGAUUGAUGUUGCAUGUCAUUUCAUUGAUCAAGAGACAAAGGAAUACUUGCUUACCAAUAUUCCAAACACUGACCUUCCGCCACAUUAUUAUGUCAGUGCUGACAAAUCGACCAAUCAUCGAGUUUCGAACCAGGUGACAAUGGUGUGUCCAGUUAUAGAAGGAAAGAAUUCCAAUGAGGUGAACCCUGUUUAUAGCAAGUCGGAUGGAAGUGGUGGCAAAGGAGAGGAGCUGGCAGAAGCCAUAUUCAAAGAUCUAAAAAACCACCUUGGUGUUGAAGGAGAGAGUUUGCUUCAGCCAUAUUUUUAA